AUGGGAACACCUAACGGCUUGAAAUCAACCACUAUAGCCUUCACCUUCGUUAAGAUAACUUGGUCCACAAAAAACCUCGAGGGAGAUGAUGAGAUUGAAGUAAAUGCUGGUCUGGGAACUUUCGAACGUGAAGAACAGAAUGAGUUUGCUGUCAAAAUUGCCAUUGGUGGCCUUGUUCAGAAACUUUCCAAUAAUCUAUCCACUAGAGAUUUGCUUCGAGUUCCUGCUAAACUGGAGAUGAAGGGGCGUGGUUCAUUUUCCUUUACUGUUGAAAAAGAAGUCAAUCAGCAGGUUGGUCUUGACAAAGGAAAAUCUUCGCCUGAUAAAUCAACUAAGUUUCAAGGUCGACGCAGAGUUGAUCAUGUUAUUUUUGACCUUGCUAAAUUCAUUGGCAAAGGAAAGAUACCCUCAAAGGUGCUGAAAGAGGUGGGAGAAUUGAUAAAUCUCACUCUUAGCCAGGCUCAGAACCAUCACAAAUUAUCUGGAUCAACAAUUUUCAAUCGCAUCGAAAUACCAACUUCGUUUGAUCCUUUAAAUGGUCUAUACAUUGGUGCACAUGGGCUUUACUCCUCUGAAGUUAUUCAUCUUAGUCGUAGAUUUGGUCAGUGGCAAGAGGACAAUGGGGCUAAGGAGCCUUCAGAUCUGGAGUUUUAUGAGUAUGUAGAAGCUUUGAAGCUAACAGGGGAUCCUUAUGUACCAGCUGGCCAGGUAAUAUUGUAGACUUUGGUUGACUAU